AUGAAGUUCCUUGCUGCUCUUGUCCACGCCGCCGCCGCUGCCCUUCCGAUCCAAUGGGACUUUAACAACCCCGCGCAAGGCGACGAAGGCGUCUACAUCGCAAACGAAAAAUGGGCGGUUGCAUUCCGCACCCCAGCGUCAGGGACUACCAUAUGUUUGGGCGAAACGGCUCCCAAGAAAAUGAAGGAUGCUACUCCUCCGCCAAAUCUCAUCCCUGACGCCGGGGUGCGGAAUGCAACCGCCCAAUUUUCGUCCGCGAUGUAG